UGCACGGUUCUUUGUAGUUUUUAAGUGUUUAGUCUCAGGUCGACUUUUCCUAAACAAAAAUGACUUCAGCAUCCACCAAGGUGGGAGAAAUCUUCUCGGCGGCAGGUGCAGCUUUUACGAAACUUGGUGAACUUACCAUGCAACUGCACCCUGUAGCCGAUUCGUCUCCUGCGGGAGCCAAGUGGACAGACACCGAGAUUGAGAUGCUGCGUUCAGCAGUGCGGCGCUUUGGUGACGACCUGAACAAUAUCAGCUCUGUUAUUAAGGAGCGCACAGUCGCGCAGAUAAAGACCACAGUGAAGAGAAAGCUCUAUGAGGACAGCAGGGUGCCGCUCUCAUCUGACUCUCCCAAAAAAAUAAUGAAGAAAGCCACCGUUGCCAUGGCAGCAGCCCCUGCACCUGCCCCUGUUGUCGCUGUGCCAAGCUCGCAAGUUGUCGUGACAACGGGAUUGCACACCUCCACUAUGGCAUCAGCCAUAAAGAAACCGAAAACAGCAGACGUGACGCUGAGUGCACUGAAUGACUCUGAUGUAAACAGUGACUUGGUGGAUAUUGAAGAACUCGGUGAGGGCUCUACUAAAAAACCCAACUUUGAUCAAGAGAGCCUUAAUCUGGAUUCCAGUCUCAUUAUGAACUCCAGUGAUCUUCCACUCCUCUCACGCUGACUCCAGCCUCUCGGUCACUAAAAAUGAUGCAAGCUCUGAAUCGUCGCAGUAUAAAGAUCGUUCGAACGUAUGAUCGCUCGAUGAGGAAAACAUUUGCAAAAAUGCUUCUUACCACAUUAAGAUCACUAAAUGAUGUGAUGUCAAAAGGUGGU